GGAGAGCGAGAAGAAAUGGAAGUAGGAGAAGGUUGGGAUAGGGAGGAGGAACGGGAGGAAGAGGAGGGACAAAGGAGUAUCAGGGAAAGGAGAAGGAACCACGAGGAUCUCCCAUUCCCAAACCUUGUCUGGAUGGAGAAAGAGGCUGUGAGGAAGAGGAAGAUGCCCCAGGACACCCAGGCAGACAAGGAGCUGAGGAUGGAGACCAGGGAGGACAAAUCCCCACGGCAGAACCUCAUGGAAGAGGCCAUUUUGAGCAGCUCCAUGGCACAGGAAUCCAACAGGGAGGAAAAUCCCCAGAGAUCCCACAGGAGGAGGGGCUCCAAACCCAUCCCAGGGUGCUCUGAGGAGGAGAGACCCACCCUGUGCAGGGAAGGCGGGCGGAGAUCCAGCCGGGGCUCUGAGCUGGUGGUCCAUGAGCAGCUUCAGGAUGGGGAGAAGCCCUACAAGUGCUUGGAGUGUGGGAAGAGCUUCAGCCGGAGCAACCGCCUGAUCUGCCACCAGAUGAUCCACACUGGGGAAUGGGCCUACGAGUGUGGGGAAUGUGGGAAGGGCUUCAGUUUCAACUCCCAACUCAUCAUCCACGAACGCAUCCACACUGGGGAGAGGCCCUAUGAGUGUCCUGAGUGUGGGAAGAGGUUUCAGAGCAGCUCCAAUCUCCUCAGGCACCAGCAGAUUCACACGGAUGAGAGGCCCUUCUACUGCCCCGACUGUGGGGAGGGCUUCAAUCGAAACUCCAACCUCAUCAGGCACCGACGCAUCCACACUGGGGAGAGGCCCUAUGAGUGUCCUGAGUGUGGGAAGAGGGGCUUCAAGGACAACUCCACCCUCGUCACCCACCGGCGCAUCCACACUGGGGAGAGACCCUACGAGUGUGGGGAAUGUGGGAUGACCUUCAGCCGGAGGUCCAAACUGACCAUCCACCAGAUGAUCCACACUGGGGAGAGGCCCUACGAGUGUCCCAAGUGUGGGAAGAGGUUUCAGAGCAGCUCCAUUCUCCUCAGGCACCAGCGGAUUCACACGGAUGAGAGGCCCUUCCGCUGCCCUGACUGUGGGGAGGGCUUCAAGUACAACUCCACCCUCAUCACCCACCGGCACAUCCACACUGGGGAGAGGCCCUACGAGUGUGGGCAAUGUGGGAAGGGCUUCAGCUGCAGCUCCCAACUCAUCAUCCACCAGCGCAUCCACACUGGGGAGAGGCCCUAUGAGUGUUCUGAGUGUGGGAAGAGAUUUCAGAGGAGCUCCACUCUCCUUGUACACCAGCAGAUUCACACGGAUGAGAGGCCCUUCCGCUGCCCUGACUGUGGGGAGGGCUUCAAGUACAACUCCACCCUCAUCACCCACCGGCGCAUCCACACUGGGGAGAGGCCCUAUGAGUGUGAGGAAUGUGGGAAGGGGUUCAGCCAAAGCUCCAGCCUUAGUACCCACAAACGCAUUCAUACUGGAGAGAGGCCCUACGAGUGUCCCCAGUGUGGGAAGAGCUUCAGAAACAGCUCUAACUUGACCAUCCACCAGAGGACCCACACUGGGGAACGUCUCUAUGAGUGUGAGGAAUGUGGGAUGACCUUCAGUCGGAGGUCCCAGCUGAUCCACACUGGGGAGAGGCCCUAUGAGUGUCCUGAGUGCAGGAAGAGGUUUCAGACCAGCUCCACUCUCCUCGUGCACCAGCGGAUUCACACGGAUGAGAGGCCCUUCCGCUGCCCUGACUGCAGGAAGGGCUUCAAGUACAACUCCACCCUUGUCAGGCACCGGCGCAUCCACACUGGGGAGAGGCCCUAUGAGUGUCCCCAGUGUGGGAAGAGCUUCUCCAGGAGCUCUACCUUGACCAGACACCAACAGAGGCACCACUAAGGGAAGCCCUGUGAGUGCCCCAAGUGCAAGAAGAGCUUUGUGCACUGCCCCAGCUCCAUCCCCCACCAGAGGAUGCGCAUUGGGCAGAGCCCUGAUGACCCACGUUCCCAGUGAUCUGUGUUGGGAAGACACCUGGGCUGGUGGGCAUUUUAUUUUGGUUCUAUCUUUUGAUUCAUCUUCAUCCCUUUAAAACAGAUAAAAUUGGAAUAAAAGUCUACAAAUUCAUCAAAGGCAUCUAAAACCUCACAUUUACCGGUGCUUCAGGGGAAUCUGGGAUUCAGGGAGCGUCGCUGUUGGACACGAAAUAAGUCACACGGACACAGCUCAAGAGAUGACGAAGAAGAAGUGAACUUUAUUUCUUCUCUCACAAUUUAUAGCUUUCUGACCAUGGCCAGGGAUUGGGUAGUCAGGAUAGCCCCUUUCUAACCACACUGGCCGUAAGACAUGUCCAUCAAGAGACAUCUAACAGAAGGAAUGCACAAGUAUCUAUGUUCAUAGUUUCUAUCCUGGGAAAAUUCUUUAGAAACUAUGUCAACAAGCUCCGAAGCUGAGUUUUCAGGGCGACAAGGGAUGUACAUGGGAGGGUUUUGGAGGCAUUUGGUGUAGUUGUCUCCAUUUCUUGGCACUCAAGGAGAUGAGAGAGUUCGAUCUAUCACCUUGAAACCACUCAGUGCCAUUGAAAUCUACUCAAUCCCACACCAAAAUUACUGCAUUCCACAGCCCCUCAGCAUGUGAUGCCUUAAGUUUUAGCUUUCCUAUUUUUCAUAUUCUGCACUGCCUAGGUUUGUAGUUUUGAACUUCCUAUUAAGUGUUAGUGAGCUCUCUUCACAGAGUAGGUAGACAAAACAAUUCCUUUUCUAGCUUGAUACCAAGGGCAGUCAU